AUGUCAGCAAUGGGCCCAUUCGCAGAACCCGCUGAGGGCUGCAAGCCACCCGCAGCCCCGGCCCUGACCGCCGACCAGCAGACCAAAUACGACCAGCUCCUUGCCGAUGUUCGCACCUGGGAUGCGCUGCCCACGACUUUGGCCAAUGCCACCGAAACAUCUCCCAUCACUGACGAUGAGCGCAUGUGGCUCACCCGCGAAUGUCUUCUCCGAUAUCUCCGUGCUGUAAAGUGGAAUGUCCAACAAGCUGCAGAACGCCUACGCUCUUCGCUGGUAUGGCGGCGUGAGUACGGCACCGACACCUUCACUGCCGACUACAUUUCCGAGGAAAAUGCUUCUGGCAAGCAGGUCUUGCUGGGAUUCGACAAGGAGGGAAGGCCAUGCCUCUACCUAUUGCCCCAGAACCAGAACACCAAGGAAUCCCCUAAACAGGUCCAACACUUGGUAUACAUGCUGGAGCGCACUAUCGACAUUCAUCCGCCAGGCCAGGAGGGCCUAGCACUAUUGAUUGACUUCAAGAACACUGGAUCUGGAGGAGUCCCUAGCAUGGCCACAGUAAAGCAGGUUCUUUACAUCUUGCAGAACCACUACCCCGAGAGACUUGGCAGGGCACUGCUCACAAAUGUUCCCUGGUUUGUCACUACGUUCCUGAAGCUUAUCCAACCCUUCAUCGAUCCCGUCACCAAAUCGAAGAUGAAGACGAACGAGCCCCUUCCAAGCCAUAUCCCCGCUUCUCAGCUCAUGAAGGUUUCUGGCGGAGAUGUGGACUUCAAAUACGACCACUCUGUAUACUGGCCUGCUCUUGACAAGCUCGUCACUGAAAGGAGACAGCAAAGGAAAGAGCGGUGGGAGAAGGCUGGCAAGAUCAUUGGAGAGAGCGAAAUCUACUUGUGGGGUGGAGACGAGCCGAGCCUCAACUCUGGAAAGGCCGAAGUGCCAGCAGCGACUGAACAGGCGGAAGCAGCCGCCUCAAAAGAUACAGCUACACCUGCCGUGGCUGGAGAGACCAACGGCACUGAGCUAGCUGAAGGUGUUGAGAAGCUCGCCAUCAAGGAGGGCGUGCCGGUCAAGGCUGAAGCCUGA